CUACUUUGACAAGACAAAUUGACCAACGACUACCCUUAAUUCUUGUGGUAAAUGUUGCAGGAAUUAAUAUUACUAACGAGAGAUUUUAUCUUGAAAGUAAAAACCUUCUGGAAGAAAUUAGUUUUCCUUCAGAAAACGCAUAUAUAAAACAAAG